AUGAGCACGACCAGUCUGUACGAGCCAGACGAAGACGACGAGGUAUCAGAUUCUGAUGCGAGAAGUCCGCCUGAAAGAUCUGGUUCGUCUCUUUCACGACUGAGGCAGUCUUCCUCACCGGAGCAGGAUGAAGAAAAUGACCCCUCUGCGACUCUCUCGAGGGCGUCUCAAACGGCCAGUUCCAGGCUCCGUGCAAUCCGCCGAAAAGGGUUGACAGCUGCAGCAGCAGAUGCAUACCGUGCUAUCCUCAGGGAAGCAGUCGACGAUCUCUCGCCGCCAGCCUUUGAGUCGCUGGAAUUCGAAUACAAUCCCCGCGUCUGCUACCAACUCGGGGUCGUCACGUGGAACAUCUACGAAAGGGAGAUGUUCUUCAAUCUACUAGCGCGGAAGGGGAAGAAUGCCAUCCGCGAGAUUGCAGAUGCGAUUCCGUCGAAAUCUGAGUUAGAGGUCCAGGAAUACCUCAAGCUUCUUCACAAAGGCUCGGAACUCCAGCAGCUCCAUGAGCGGCACCACCGAUCUACUACUUUACUUGACAUCCCAGCUGCCGCAGAAAUCAGCGACGAAUGCUGUCUGGCCUUGGACGAGUUCUCGGAAUAUGUAGCCUUAAAGGAGCAAGAAGCCGACGACAAGGCCGGAACGAAAAAGCACGGAGAUUUUUGGAUCAUCGAUGGCGACAAAGCCAGACAAGUUGAACAACUGAUGGCUUCACAUGACAGUCCGCCGCCAGAAUCAAGCAUCUUUCUCACUGCGAGCUUACUAAACAUCAAGAGGUGGAUUCAACUGUCUGAGAGGUUCUUUAUGAACUUCGGUGGUUCAAGAUUCGAAGACAACUGGGUCAAUAUCGCCUUCAAAGACGAAUCGCCAUCGCUCACAGCCGAUGCGUUUGCGGAUUUCUACGCCCUUACGGUCAGCAUCACCCGACGCAUCGUCCAGUCAACGCUUUUCUUCGCCAUGUCAAGGAUCCGCAACGUCAGCUAUCACAAGGUGAAGAAUGUGAAGCCCCGAGACGUCAGAGCGGCCUUAGAUGUCUUGAAUAUGAAGCACAACAGCUUUGAUUUUUGGGUGGGCCUUGCGCGCCGAUGCAAUCUCGAGGUUGCCGAUAUCCGCCACAAGAAGGGGUGGAAGGCAGUUUACAUGGGUUAUGAUGAGGUUGAGGAUGCUCUGUCUGGACGGCGCCUUUUCUCAAAGUCUCGUGAACGGAGCGCCUCUCGUCAACGUAUGAAUCAGAAUGAUGAGAAGGAGGAGCAUGAUGACGAAGAGAUCGACGAAGAUGACGACGAUCCCAUUGACGAUGAAGAGGAUGAAUAUGUGGAAGAAGACGACGACGAUGAAUCAUCACCACCGCCGUCCCCACGUUCAACUCACUCGCUAGCCAGCUCCGUGUUCGACGAGGAAGCUCACGCAGACGAAGAGGACAUCUACACGGAGUAUAUUGACCAGCAAAGGAGUCGAGACGAGGAACUCCGCAUCCGGGAACUCCUCCAGUGUCCCCUGAUGGAUACGUUUCCGCCGAUAAUCAAGACAGAAGACGACCACGCCGCUGCGCCGCCGAAGCCCGUCGCUGGGCGCAAGCGGAAAGAAGACCUCGUUGACUGGAGGGAGCGUACGCUUUACCGAAGCGAAUGGGAAGAGUACGGGCGGAGCCUGAGCGCCAUCAAUGAAGAGCUGGCUGAGAAUCGCAGGAAACGACGCCGCCUUGAGAAUCCUACGCCGUUUACACGGUCAUCGCGGCGUGAAUUGAGGAGGAGCUCUGUGCAAGAACAAAGUCAUAACGAUGACGAUGACGAUGACGAUGCCAAUAUGCUGGACACGAGCGACGGAGAACUCGGCGAGGAAUCGCAUUACGAGGAAGCUCCCGAUUCUGAAGCUGAGGCUGACGUUGAGGUUGAGGCUGGAUCUGAGGCUGAGAUUGAAGCUGAAGCUGAAGCCGAAGCCGAAGCUGAAACUGAAAUGGAAGCCGCUGAUAUGACCGAGUCUGAGGAACGUCCUGUCGUUGAGGUCAAAAUGGAAGAGGAUGCGCGUGAGCAUGAAGACACUCAUCUACCUCUAUCAUCAGGCCAUGAAAGCAGCCCUCAUGGUUCAGCAGCACAACAGGAGGACUCCGACGACGGCGGGUGA